UGCAGCAUAUCCGUGUGGGUUGGGAGCAGCUGUUGACCACCAUCGCUAGAACCAUCAAUGAGAUCGAGACCCAGAUUCUGACGCGGGACGCUAAGGGCAUCAGCCAGCAACAGAUGAACGAGUUCCGCCAGUCUUUCACUCACUUUGACAGGGUACUGUGUCCCUCUGUGUCUUUCCUCUAACCUUAACCUGCUGUGUCCCUCUGUGUCUUUCCAGUGUCCCUGAUCCUAACCCACUUCGACAGGGUGCUGUGUCCCUCUGUGUCUCUCUGUGUCUUUCCAGUGUCCAUGACCCUAACCCACUUCGACAGGGUACUGUGUCCCUCUGUGUCUCUCUGUGUCUUUCCAGUGUCCCUGAUCCUAACCCACUUCGACAGGGUGCUGUGUCCCUCUGUGUCUUUCCUCUAAUCUUAACCUGCUGUGCCUCUCUGUGUCUUUCCAGUGUCCCUGACCCUAACCCACUUCGACAGGGUACUGUGUCCCUCUGUGUCUUUCCAGUGUCCCUGACCCUAACCCACUUUGACAGGGUACUGUGUCCCUCUGUGUCUCUCUGUGUCUUUCCAGUGUCCCUGACCCUAACCCACUUCGACAGGGUUGUGUAUCCCUCUGUGUCUUAAGUGUCUCUGUCCUUUUCCUGUGUGGCGAUGACAUUUAUAUUUAUUGUAUCUAAGUCCAGGAAUGUGUCUUAUCUAACUCAAGGCCUUGACCGCUUUUGGUUUGUAACUCACUUCUUAGUAUUUAGUCAAAUGUUUGUAAUAUUACGGGACGUUACAGAUCAAAACACAAUCCAUGGUAAUGACGUUCAGCUAAUUAACUCACGUUUACUGACACCAUGGAUCGUGUGUGUGUGUGUGUGUGUGUGUGUGUGUGUGUGUGUGUGUGGUGCGUGCGUGCGUGCGUGCGUGCGUGCGUGCGUGCGUGCGUGCGUGCGUGCAGCUUAGUGGUUAAGUGCGUUGUGCCAGUAACCGAAAGGUCGCUGGUUCUAAUCCCAGAGCCGACUAGGUGAAAAAUCUGUCGAUGUGCCCUUGAGCAAGGCACUUAACCCUAAUUGCUCCUGUAAGUCGCUCUGGAUAAACGUCGUCUGCUAAAUGACUAAAAUGUAAAUGUGUUGGCUGUGUGGCUGCCUGCAGGACAGGUCUGGCAGACUGCCCUGUGAAGAGUUCAAAGCUUGCCUGGUCAGCCUGAGUGAGACAUAACAACCAGGUACUGACCAAACCAUGUGCACCUGGUACUAAACCCUGACUCCUCCCCCUGGCAUGGCAGCAGUCACAUGUUGUGCGCUAACACAAGCAGUAACACCACCAUUCAGCACUAGUUAUGUGCUAACUGCAGUAACACCACCAUUCAGCACUAGUUAUAAUAAUAAUAAAGUGACUUGUUCUCUGUAGGAGGUUAAUGUUUGGUGUAUAUUGAUCUCAAGGGGCUUCUCUCUAGACAGCUCAGCUCUCCACUUUACAGUAUUAUAAUAUAUUCAGGGUAUGUAUUCAUAAAGCCUCUCAGAGUAGGAGUGUUGAUCUAGGAUCAGUUUAGCCUUUUACAUUAAAGUAUAUGGACAGGGGUUGACCUGGUCCCAGAUCAGCACUCCAUAUGGACAGGGGGUGACCUGGUCCCAGAUCAGCACUCCAUAUGGACAGGGGUGACCUGGUCCCAGAUCAGCACUCCAUAUGGACAGGGGUGACCUGGUCCUAGAUCAGCACUCCAUAUGGACAGGGGUGACCUGGUCCCAGAUCAGCACUCCAUAUGGACAGGGGUGACCUGGUCCUAGAUCAGCACUCCAUAUGGACAGGGGUGACCUGGUCCCAGAUCAGCACUCCAUAUGGACAGGGGGUGACCUGGUCCCAGAUCAGCACUCCAUAUGGACAGGGGUGACCUGGUCCUAGAUCAGCACUCCAUAUGGACAGGGGUGACCUGGUCCUAGAUCAGCACUCCAUAUGGACAGGGGUGACCUGGUCCUAGAUCAGCACUCCAUAUGGACAGGGGUGACUUGGUCCCAGAUCAGCACUCCAUAUGGACAGGGGGUGACCUGGUCCCAGAUCAGCACUCCAUAUGGACAGGGGUGACCUGGUCCUAGAUCAGCACUCCAUAUGGACAGGGGUGACCUGGUCCUAGAUCAGCACUCCAUAUGGACAGGGGUGACCUGGUCCCAGAUCAGCACUCCAUAUGGACAGGGGUGACCUGGUCCUAGAUCAGCACUCCAUAUGGACAGGGGGUGACCUGGUCCUAGAUCAGCGCUCCUACUCUGAGAGGUUCCCUGAAUACAGGCCCAGAUGUGUAUGUAUAGUAUUGUGUUGCUGUAGGUAUCGCUGAAGGCAAUAUCUCUCUCUGUUAGAGAAACAAUGGCAUGGUGUUAUCACAGGCCCUCCUCUCAUCCAAGACACUGAAUGAAUGAUCUUCUCUCUCUCUCUCUCUGUUCUUUGUCUUGUGCUUCUUGUCACUGUCUGUCUGUCUGCCUGUCUGUCUGCCUGCCUGCCUGCUUGCCUGCCUGCCUGCCUGUCUGUCUGUCUGUCUGUCUGUCUGUCUGUCCUGUCUGUCUGUCUGUCUGUCUGUCUGCCUGUCUGCCUGUCUGCCUGUCUGCCUGCCUGUCUGCCUGUCUGUCUGUCUGUCUGUCUGUCUGUCUGUCUGUACGUCUGUCUGUCUGUCUGUCUGUCUGCCUGUCCGUUUGUCUGUCUGUCUGACCAUCUAUCUGUCUGUUGUCUCCUCUAUUCCUCUCCUUGUCAUAUCCACUAUCCCCCUCUCCCCCCUCCCUCCCCACACCUCUCCUUGUCAUAUCCACACUGGACUCUCUCACCCUGUACCCCCAUCCUCCAUCCCCUGUCAUUGGACAUGUGGCUUGGUCUGUCUCUCCAUUGCCCUCUCUCCUCCCCUCCUCCUCUACCUCCUCCUCCUCUCCUCCUUCUCCACCUCUCCACUCCUCUCUCUCUCCUCUACCUCUACCUCUACACUCCCCCCUCCUCUCCACUCCCCCCUCCUCCACACUCCCCCCCUCCUCUCUCCACUCCCCCCUCCUCUCCACACUCCUCCUCUCCUCCUCCUCCUCCUCCUCCUCUCCUCUCCACUCCCCCUCCUCCUCUCCACCCCCCCUUCCCUACCUCCUCCUCUCCACUCCCCCCUCCUCUCCACACUCCCUCCUUCUCCUUCUCCUCCUCCUCCUCCUCCUCCCCCUCCUCCUCUCCACUCCCCUCCUCCUCUCCACCCCCUUCCCUACCUCCUCCUCUCCACUCCCCCCCUCCUCUCCACACUCCCUCCUUCUCCUUCUCCUCCUCCUCCUCCUCCUCCACCACCUCUCCACUCCCCCCUCCUCUCCACUCCCCUCUCCCUCUCCACUCCCCCUCCUCCUCUCCACCCCCUUCCCUACCUCCUCCUCCUCCUCUCCACUCCCUCUCCUCCUCCCCCUCCUCCUCCACCUCUCCACUCCUCUUCCUCCUCCCCCUCAUCCUCCUCCUCCUCUCCCACCCUGCAGAAGAAGAAAGGAGGCAUGGAGACGGAUGACUUCAGAGCAUGUCUGAUCUCCAUGGGCUACGAUCUGGUAAAUACAUAGAAUGAGCUGUCAUAAGAGUGUCAUAAGGGUGUCAUAAGAGUGUCAUAAGAGUGUCAUAAGACUGUCAUAAGACUGUCAUAAGAGUGUCAUAAGAAUCUAAAGGCCUCACACGAUCAUUCUGACAAAACGUCCUCACUGUUAAGUAACCUGUCUUUAAUAGUGAGUACAUUUUGUCAGAAUUAUCAAUAUUAGCUUUCAGUGUAUUUAAAUGCCCAAGAAUCAUUGUGAAACUGUUGAUCAUGGUCCAAAAUGCCCCCAGAUAUGCUGACUAUUGGUGAUGUGGUCUUUAUCUUCCAGGGUCACUCAGUGGCUGCUCUGUCUCAAACCACUCCCUAUUCACCACCUCUGACCAGGGACCAUAGGGACCAUAGGGCUCUGUUAAAAAGUAGUGCACUACAUAGGGGAUAGGCUGCCAUUUGUGAUGCAGCCACUAGAGAGAACAGCUGUCUAGGUCUGCAAGACAGACACACAGUCAUUCAUGCCCUCUGACCACGAGACAAUACAGGCUCUUAUUAAUAAUGGCAGAAUCACCCCCAGUCACUUAUACUGCUACAAGACCAUGGCGCUUGCCUACGGAGCUGUGAGGGGAACGGCACCUCCGUACCUUCAGGCUCUGAUCAGUCCCUACACCCAAAUGAGGGCAUUGCGUUCAUCCACCUCUGGCCUGCUAGCCCCCCUACCUCUGCGGAAGCACAGUUCCCGCUCAGCCCAGUCAAAACUGUUCGCUGCUCUGGCACCCCAAUGGUGGAACAGCGGAGUCACUCACCACCUUCCGGAGACACUUGAAACCCCACCUCUUUAAGGAAUACCUGGGAUAGGAUAAAGUAAUCCUUCUACCCCCCCCUUACCCCAACCCAAACCCCAACCCCAAAACUAAAAAAAAAAAAAAAAACGUAAAGUGGUUAUCCCACUGGCUAUAAGGUGAAUGCACCUAUUUGUAAGUCGCUCUGGAUAAGAGCGUCUGCUAAAUGACGUAAAUGUAAAUGUAAUACUGUAGAUAAUGAUACGAAACCAUGUCUCUCUCUCUCUCUCUGUUCCCCAAGCCAUCACAAUGACACCACACCACACAUAGGGAAUCCCAUGAUGUAUGCCAGGGAUGUAAAUGAAGGUGUGUUGUUUUUAGGUUGGUCACAAGGCCUUUGUCCUGUUACGUUUAAUAUGGAAGCGCUCUUGGAACAUUCCCUGGUCUCUCUCUGCAGUGCACAGACAACACCCUGUUGCCCGUACACUGACCUACUCUGUUGACCAGAGCACACAGGGCCUUGGUCAACACUAGUGCACUCUGUUGACCAGAGCACAUAGGGCCCUUGGUCAACACUAGUGCACUGUAAAGGGACUAGGGUGCCAUUUGGGACACAGACAGGCCACUGCUGAUCCCUACUCUGACCUGCUAAUCAAACAUAACCCUUAACAGGGUUGGACAUGAGUAAUGUAUCAAACAUAACCCUUAACCGGGUUGGACAUGACUAGCACAGCUAUCUCAUCUGUCUGUUAAUCACAACGUGAUUGACUCAAUGUUAGCCUGCUUCCAGAUCUGUUUGUUACGUCUCCUGACAAUGACCAUAGGAAUUGGCAAGACAGCAACAACAGAUCUGGGACCUGGCUAAAUCAAUGUGGCUGUUGUAAUAAAGCAGCCUGAUUAUACUAUGCUCUGUGAUUUGUAGGGAGAGUCUGAGUUUGCCCGCAUCAUGUCUCUAGUGGAUCCCAACGGGUCCAACAAGGUGACCUUCCAGUCCUUCGUUGACUUCAUGACUAGAGAGACGUCCGACUCAGACACCUCAGAGCAGGUCCUCGCCUCCUUCAAGAUCCUGGCUGCUGAUAAGGUGGGGAGUGGUGGUUCUCUCUGUCUCAUUCACUUGCUUUCUCUCUCACGCUUUGUUUUAUCUGUCUCGCGCACGCUUACUUUCUCGCACGCUUUCUCUCUCUCUCUCUCUCUCUCUCUCUCUCUCCCUCUCUCUCUCGCUCUCUGUCUUUAUCUAGUCAAGUCAAGUCACAAUGGUAUUUAAAGUUUAUUUUACAAUGUCAUCUCAAAUGUGGUCACUAAUGUCUCUCUGUUGUAUCCUUUCCAUAGCCCUUCAUCCUGCUGGAGGAGCUGCGUAGAGAGCUGCCCCCAGAGCAGGCAGAAUACUGUAUCGCCAGGAUGCCCCUCUACAAUGGGCCUGAUGGGGUCCCAGGGGCCCUGGACUACAGUGCCUUCUCCACUGCCCUCUAUGGGGAGAGCGACCUCUAG